AUGUUUGAUCAAGCCACCAGUAUGGGCGAUGGAAUCGCCGAGGACAGAAACCACUGUGGACCCAAUUCAAUGUGUCGUGACAGGGGCAGAGACUCGAAAACUCGGGCGGAACAGGGAAACCGGUCUCCUAUACAGAGUUCAACAGACACCCCUGGGACAUCUGCGUCAACACCAACUUCCUCAAGUGAGGAUGGACCCGAUAAACUUUUAGGAGUGGAUCCAGACUACUGCCGAAGAAUUUUAGUUAGAGAUGCUAAGGGUACAAUUCGCGAGAUCGUUUUACCAAAAGGCCUCGACUUAGACCGACCGAAACGCACACGGACCUCCUUCACUGCAGAACAGCUUUACCGACUCGAGCUGGAGUUCCAGCGCUGUCAGUACGUGGUAGGACGUGAGCGAACGGAGCUUGCGAGACAACUGAAUCUCUCCGAAACUCAGGUGAAAGUGUGGUUCCAAAACCGCCGCACCAAACAGAAGAAGGACCAGACAAAGGACUUGGACAAGCGCUCCUCUUCGGCCUCCGAGUCCCUGGCCACGUGCAACAUUCUGCGGCUGUUGGAACAGGGCCGCCUGCUCUCUGUCCCCGUGCCUCCGCCUAACCCUCUACUGCCUCCACCACACCCUGGCAACGGCUCGCUCCUGGCCAGCCCAACUGCGUCCUCGUCCUCGCCUGGGGUGAGUGGUGCCGGCACUCCUCCAGGGGGCAUAGCUGCGGGGGGUGGGCCGUUCGGCCUGUCACUGUCCUCGCUCGGUGGCACCCCGCCCUCCCCCCGGCUGGGCGUACCACCUCCCUCUUUGUUCCCCGUCCCACUGCUUGGUGGCGCUCAUCACGAGCUGACGUCCGGCUAUGGGUGUGGGGCAUCGGCUUUUGAGCCCUACACCCGGACAGAGAGGAAGGACGCAGAUCUGGGCGGUAAGAAAACAAUUUCCUAA